CCUGAUCAACCAAGAUACCAUAAACCCAUAUCAUCGAUCAUGUCUGCAUCGAACUACGAAAUCGUAAACCUAACCGGCACAGGGCUAUCGACUGAGGAAUGCCGAAACGCAGCGACAUGGAUGGCCAAAGCAUUCGCCAUGGCUCCGGCCACUCCUGCUCUGACGAUAUUCUUCGGCGCCGCCCCGUACGAAGACAACGUAAAGAUGCACGAGAAGUUUUGGUCCUCGCACUUGAACCGUGUCGCUAUGUCGGGAAUCCUCAUCGGUGCUAAGGAAGAUGGGAUUUGGCGGGGCUUCAGAGCAUUCUUCGAGCCGGGCAAGUCUCGGAUGCCGUAUAUUACUGAUUUUAGAGUUGACGACAACGAAGACUGGGAUAUGUUCCUAGAAUUGGCUGGCGAAGAGCAGUACAUGAAUCGAAUCAGAAGAUGGGGAGAGGUAACGAGCGAAACGAACGCAGAAAUCAGUGUAACUCCAAGCGAGUGCUACACUACCUCCAUUAUUGUCGUCGACCCUGAGCACCAACGCAAAGGCCUUGGACAUGCUCUAGAUGAGCACACCCGCAAGAUUAGCCGUGAAGCUGGACGAUCCCUCUUUGUGCGGAUCCAUGAGUAUAUUCUUCCCUUCUAUGUUGCUCAAGGUUAUCAGUUACUGGCUACGGAGACAUAUAGCCUUCUCGGAUCUGCUCCGUUCAAGGUACAUUUCCUCAUAUAUGGCGGGUUAGAUAAAUCGAACUAGUUGAAAGAGUCUUAUGGGGGAAGUGUUUGCCCUAUGUGUAUAAUCUGUGCAAAAUCUGGGUCGUACUUGAUGUGGAAUCUAUCUUGCAAGUGACCUCCCUGUGAUGUAGAAGCACAGUUCUAUCGAGUGAGUUCACCAGUGCGUGAACAAUCCGCAUAUACCUUCGCCAUGUUCCCUAUGGCUAAAGCGAGUUUGCUGUGUGCUAUACUACCGCAUGAUAACAAUGGAAAUGGCAUACCAUUCUUCACGGCUGGUGUUAUCGUUCAUUAAGAAAAUUGUUCCUAGUGAUUGGGCCGAGCACAAACUUGUCCCAUCAGUACUUUGAAAUUGGACCGCAUGACAUUGCAUACGUUUCUCCGGAUACGCCUAUUUGUGGCCAAAAUUCAUGGGUCCACUCGGAAAGUGCUCCUCUGCAUGUUUUUGUGACUAUCCCAUGAUCUCAGACGAUUGCAUGGACAAAUUGUGCCUCACUUCUCCCUCACACUCCCUAGCGACGUUCACUACUUACAAACCAACCCAAGAGAGAAUGAACUUCCCCCCCCUCUACUCUCCUACCCACGAUAACACAAGACUCCAUAACAUCAGUCCGUUCAUAUCCUCAGACCCACGAAAUAGAACCCGUCUAGAAUCACAAUUCCUUCUCCCGAGCCCCGUAGUGAAAAUGGCGGUGUAAGGAACAAAGGUACGUGGAAUCCGUGCACACAACGACCCAUCAACAACGACAACAACACAAUUAAACCGCGACUCCUCAGGAGCCAUCAUCCGCACUAAUUUCCACAAAGCAAUCGCAAGUACUGUCUCGCUACGGUGUACACGCACAUAAACACAAACAAAGCAGCACCCAAACAAGGUAAAGCAAGAUAACCAUGCUUACCCCCAGCAACAACCUAAACAUGCGAAACGCACAUCCAUGGAUUAAUUAUUCCUCACUACAUCACCUUGCAUCGACAUAUCUAUCGAUUAUGGAAGAGCUAAGCAAGCCUACGCCGGACCAAGCAAGAUAUCAUUCACCGAAUCUUUUCUUCAUUUCCAAAGCG